AAUUUCUUUAGCAAACGUUGUCAAAUUUUAUAUUUUUUUAAACAUACAUCAUGAUACGUUUAUUAACAAAUAAUCUCAGACAAAAAUGGCCAAAAAUAUCUACACGUUUAACACUACAAAAUAGAAAAUUUAAUGCCAAAACUCCCGUAGUAAUUGGUGGAGGUUUGGAGAAACCUCAAGGCGGUUUAAAGGAAGAAAAAUAUUUUUGUAAUCAAAAUAACGACCUAAUUGCAAAACUGCGCGAACAGGGUACAACAUUAAAAUGUGAAAAUUGUAUAAGUGAUUGGAAGGAAUUUGAAAAAGUGUUGAGAGCAAGUGAUGAUCGCACAGCAUUAAGGGAAACAUGUGCUCUUAAUAAACAUAAAAAUUGUCUAGAGGAAGCGUUCUUCUUAAAUGAGCAAAAUGAGUGUUACACAAAACUUUGUAAAGAAAUUAAAACUAUCCAGGAAACAAAUAUAGAACAAUCACCAAAUAUACAAAAACUAAAAAAAUUCGAAAGUGAAGAUGAAAUCGAUUCGAAUAUGUAAAUAUGAAGACGUUAAAAUUCAAAAUUUAAAGAAAGUAAUUGCAUUUAUUAUCUUAUAUAUUUUAAUUCAUUUUUAACUAUAUUUUUGAUAAUAUUCCUGAAAUAUAUUAAAGUUUAUUGGGGGUUUCUAUAUAAUUUAA